CAGGGAUUAAUAGGAUGGAGUUACUACAUGAUAAUGCUACCUUUCAGAUUGACAUAUUACACACUUCUGGACAUAUUCAGGUAAUACAAAGAAACUGUAUUUGUCCAUCAGUUCCCCUUAUAAAUAUGAGCUGCCUGACGUUACUGUAUGAAGGUGACUGAUUGGUUCCUCCUCCUCUCCCAGGUUUGCCCUGCGGUGGGUCAGGCCAGACCCUCGUGGACGCGUCACAGACCCUGUGGGUGACGUUGUCUCUUUCAUCCAUAGUUUUGAAGAGAAGUACGGUCGAUCGCAUCCAGUGUUUUACCAGGGAACAUAUAGCCAGGUGUGUUACUCAGGUUUCCCAGUCCAGUUUCAAUCUCAAUUUGGGUUACUAGUACCUGACCAUCCACAAGAAGAACAUUUAGAACUCAUGAGAACAUUUAGAACUCAUGAGAACAUUUAGAACUCAUGAGAACAUUUAGAACUCAUGAGAACAUUUAGAACUCAUGAGAACAUUUAGAACUCAUGAGAACAUUUUAGAACUCAUGAGAACAUUUCGAACUCAUAAGAACAUUACCUAAAAAAGUUGACACCCCACAUUUAUUUUAUUGAGCGACCGACUAAAUGGUUUUAAUAAGGAAGCGGAUGUUCCAGAAUCCAUAUAGGUUGUAAAUGGAUUGAAUCAAUGUGUAACUUGGGUGAUUAGCUGGUAGUGUUAUUCAGUGAGCUGUGUUUGUUUUCCCCUGUAGGCAUUGAAUGAUGCCAAACGUGAGCUUCGCUACUUGUUAGUUUACCUCCAUGGAGAGGACCACCAGGAUACAGACCAGUUCUGCCGGUAGGUCCCAUACCAUAUGAUCACUUUAUGAUCCAUUUACAUGAGGUCAACAUACACGCAAACAAAAUGCACUAUGAUACUACAGUGCAAUAACCAAACUCUGGAAUGCCAGGCAAUGUUGUGUACUCUUCUCCCUUUUUCGAGCGAGACCUGGCAAGAAUCAUUAGUUCGUUAUCUAGUUAUAAUUCAGGUUCUAUUGUUUUAUUGGUUUGGAUAUUUAUUCAGUUGAUUGGAUGGAGGUAUUCCUUGCGUGUUUCCUUAUUUGUGUCAUGCUUGGUAUUAUUCACUUGUCCUCCCCUCUUCAUUAUUAGUAUAAAUAAUUUAGGUAUUUUGUUGAUUUGGAUAUUUUCCCUGAAGUGUACCCUGUAUGUCUUUCCUCUCACAGUUGAUAUUAACGAUGUGCCUCUUUCUGUUACCAUCUUCCUUCCAGCUCCACGUUAUGUACAGAAGAGGUCCUGACCUUCCUCAACACCAGAACGCUGUUCUGGGCCUGCUCCACCAGCAAGCCUGAGGGAUACAGAGGUAAUGGUCUACUCCUGCACGUGUCUUCACUACCUGGGUCUGCUGGAGCUGGAGAGGAACAGGCCUCAUCCUACAUACUCUUUUAUUGUUGCUGUAAAUUGAGGACGUGUUCUCAGUCAGUUUCAUCUGGUCAAAUAGGGUUAAAGAUAAAAGUAAAUCAUCUGUGCUGGAACUUUGGAUGAUUCUGUCAUUGCUGGUCCAUUUUACAUUUUUAGUCAUUUAGCAGAUGCUCUUAUCCAGAGCGACUUACAGGAGCAAUUAGGGUUAAGUGCCUUGCUUAAGGGCACAUUGACAGAUUUUUCACCUAGUCGGCUCGGGGAUUAGAACCAGAACUGAACUGGCACAACGGUCUUACCCACUAAGCGACCUGCCUCUCUAAGAUAUGAGGGGGGGGGAUCUCUUCAUCCAUCACUUUAGAUCAGUGUUGUUUUAAUCUGUGUUUGUUUUUCCCUGUGUGUGUCUCUGUGUGUCUGUGCCUCAGUGUCCCAGGCGCUGCGUGAGAACACCUACCCGUUCCUGGCCAUGAUCAUGCUGAAGGACCGUAAGAUGACGGUGGUGGGACGUCUGGAGGGGCUCAUCCAAUCAGAGGACCUCCUCAACCAGCUCACCUUCAUCAUGGAGGCCAAUCAGACCUACCUGAUGUCUGAACGCAUGGAGCGGUAAGGAACUGGCUGCAGAUCUGGGCAGACCUGGGCAGACCUGGGUAGACCUGGGCAGACCUGGGCAGACCUGGGCAGACCCGGGUAGACCCGGGUAGACCCGGGCAGACCUGGGCAGACCUGGGCAGACCUGGGUAGACCUGGGCAGACCUGGGUUUCCAAUACUUUAAAAUCUAUUCCAAUAGUUAUUUUUGAAAUGUAUUUGAAACCCAGGUCUGAUUUUUAUUUUACUAUUGUGAAAAAUACAAAUGUGGAGAUGGUGUCUGGAAUUUGAAUUAAACCUCAGAAACGAUGUUAAUGGAACACGUGUCCUUACCUGCGUGUGUUCCAGGGAGGAGAGGAACCAGACGCAGGUGUUACGGGCGCAGCAGGACGAGGCCUACCUGGAGUCGCUGAGAGCCGACCAGGAGAAGGACCGGAGGAAGAGGGAGGAGCAGGAGAAGGUCCAGGCGGAGGAGGAGAUGGUCCGGCAGACCAUUCUGGCCGAGGAGAGGAGGAGGAGGGUGAGGACGAAGAGUAUUUUAUACUAUCUCCGUCCUCUCUCUCUCUCUCUGCUUACAUUAAAACAGUUUCUUGGUCCUAUGUUUUUUUAAAUACUUUGUUGUUGCCUGUUUUGACUGUGGCUAACUAAUUUGUGUUUGUUUUUUUAGACGCUGGAGGAAGAGAAGGAGCGCAAGUCAGAAUGUCUUCCCCCCGAGCCCACAGCAGACGACCCUGACAGCGUCAAGAUAGUUUUCAAACUGCCUAACGACACCAGAGUAGAGAGGCGCUUCCUCUUCCAGCAGUCUCUGACGGUAAGACACAGCUCUGCUCAAGUCAGCUUACAGGUGGUGGCAUUUUAACUGUCCCGGUGCAUACCAGUGGGGGGCUUGACUCCCAAUUCUACACAGCAAACUCUUAGUCACUCUUACAUGUGGUGUCAUUUUAACAGUUUGAUUAAACUCCCCUGGCGUAUACCAAUGGAACUUAUGGUCUUGACAAAAAAAAGCACGCAUCUCACCCAUCUCUCCCUCUGUGUUUCCAGGUAAUAUACGACUUCCUGUUCUCGUUGAAGGAGACCCCGGAGAAAUUCCAGAUAGUAACAAACUUCCCUCGCCGGGUUCUGCCCUGCCUUCCCACGGAGGAGCAGCCCAAUCCUCCCAGCCUGAAAGAGGCCGGCCUCAGCCGUUCCGAGGUCCUCUUUGUUCAGGACCUCACGGAAGAUUGACACCUAGCUAACUUUCUCCUCCGCCUCCAACAUGGAACCUUCUCCUCCGCCUCCAACAUGGAACCUUCUCCUCCGCCUCCAACAUGGAACCUUCUCCAACAUGGAACCUUCUCCUCCGCCUCCAACAUGGAACCUUCUCCUCCGCCUCCAAUAUGGAACCUUCUCCUCCGCCUCCAAUAUGGAACCUUCUCCUCCGCCUCCAACAUGGAACCUUCUCCUCCGCCUCCAACAUGGAACCUUCUCCUCCGCCUCCAACAUGGAACCUUCUCCUCCACCUCCAACAUGGAACCUUCUCCUCCACCUCCAACAUGGAACCUUCUCCUCCGCCUCCAACAUGGAACCUUCUCCUCCGCCUCCAACAUGGAACCUUCUCCUCCACCUCCAACAUGGAACCUUCUCCUCCAACUGUUCUGUUGUUUCUUCACCCAUUCUGUUUGUCUAAAUGGCCGAUAAGGGAUCACUGUCUGAAAUAACGAAACAAACUCUCUAACCCAAAAUAAUUUAGCCCCGCUCCAUCCCCGGCCGCCCGGCCCGCCCUGAUGACUCCUCUCGCCAGUUCAAUUUGGUUCUGUUUAAAAGGAGAGCAAUGUGAACUGCCCUCCCUGUACAUACGUUAGAUAUAUUUAAAUAACAAGGCUGGAAAAAGCACUACUUUUUUUUUUUUUUUUUUUUAUUCAAUCAAAGUUGACUCUAUAAUUUAAUUGUCAUGAGAUGACCAAACAGGCGAGGGUUGAGUUCCGUACCGCCGGAGUAGGGCAGCCUGCCUGCAGUUUAAGACUACAACACAGUUCA